UUCCCUAAGCUUGACAGUGGUCAGACGGUCGGUCAGUCUGUCUCUGUGGGCUGGGUUUCUCUUUUACCCAAGAAGAGAAAACAAUUAUAUCACGAUGAGACAAAGACACUGAGUGAACCCUUUAAAAUAAUGAUUUAAAAAAAAACUUUCGAAAUUCACCAUGGCCAUAAGGGAGCUCAAAGUCUGCCUCUUAGGGGACACUGGAGUUGGGAAAUCCAGCAUCGUUUGUCGAUUCGUUCAGGAUCAUUUUGACCACAAUAUAAGUCCCACAAUAGGAGCAUCAUUCCUGACCAAAACUGUGCCAUCUGGAAACGAACUUCACAAAUUUCUGAUCUGGGAUACAGCCGGGCAGGAAAGGUUCCAUUCGUUAGCUCCUAUGUACUACAGAGGAUCGGCUGCUGCUGUCAUCGUCUAUGACAUUACUAAACUGGACUCUUUCCAGACACUGAAGAAGUGGGUGAAGGAGCUGAAAGAACACGGACCGGAGGACAUCGUUGUAGCCAUAGCAGGGAACAAGAACGAUUUAGGAGACAUCAGGGAAGUUCCCAUGAAGGAAGCUAAGGAAUUUGCCGAAUCAAUUGCAGCUAUUUUCAUCGAGACUAGUGCAAGAAACGCUGUCAAUGUUGAGGAGCUCUUUCAGAAAAUCAGUAAACAGAUCCCACCCCUGGAGAACCCUGAGCUGGACAGCAACGAUUCCUUUAAACUCACCCGGCAGCCCGCUGUGUCCUCCAGGAGAUGCUGCUAGUACCAACAGAGGCUGAUGAGAUUCCUCACCUAGUACCUAGUCCACAUUGCACACAGUGUCUUACUGCUGGGAAAGACGAGACAAGACAGUGGACAGCUGGAGGUCAGCUUGUGGUCAGCCACAAGAUGAAACAACAGUACUUUAUCGGUCAUUGCACAUUUAUUUCAUUUGAUUUCAACUCUGAUGAGGUCUGGAAUCAGAGGGCCUUAAGUUUGUCCCCCCCAGGUGGUGUUUUGCCUGCAUUACAUAAAGGUUUCUAUCUGUGUGGAUCAUUAUUAAACCCAUAGAAAGAACAAGCGAUUGAGCUGAUGUGCUUUUUAGAGUUUUGGCUGUUUAUACAACAAAAUGUUCAUUUCAAUAGUCAUCUGCUCUGUAGAUUUGCAAGCACUGUGGCUCUUAAAUGGCACUCGUUAAAUGAAGGUCUUUAUAAAGUUCAACUUUUUUUUUUAUCAAGGCUAUACUUUUCUUGUCAUGGCGCUUUUGUUUAAAUGUAUGUAUUGAAUUAGAAUAUAUUAACUUCUGUUUGUCGAGAUCAAAUGCUUGACAAAAAAACACUUUGUUGUGUGUUUCCACACAUAUUGACUGUUAAGGGUUUAACUAUAAUGCUGCAAAAUUAACACCAUAGAGACUCAAUUUGUAAUUUAGGUAAGACACCCCCUGUUGAAACACUGUGACCAAUACUAGAAUUGUUUACAUGGUGAUGUGUUAAAGUUGUAACCUACAUACUAAAAUGUGUUGUCUUAGAUUGCACUACAGGGAAUAACCUUGUGCAACAUGUAUUUCUUUUUCUGAAAUGGGUUUACAUUUAACAGCCUUUUUUAAAUGGUCAUGAAAAUUGACCUAGAUACAACAUUUCCUAUGUGACAGUAUUUAAGGUUACAUUACCAUAGCUUAAAAAACAACAUAUUCCCAUCAUGUACGAAGGAAUAGCAGAGUUCAACUUGCCGUUUUUAACCCUCAUUGUAUAACUGUGCUGAUGUGUACCGUUCUCUUUAAUGGGAAACCACACCAAACCCCUUUCGGAAAGCCAAUAAAUAAUGUGGCCUUGCUUCCACUUAAAAGUAAUACAGUAAUUGUCUUGGAAAGUUGAAACAGACUUCAGACGUCAAUUCAGGAGCGCCUUUGUGGUCCAGACGUACAGUCUUAUCAAAUUUACCAACUGACUGAUAAACGUUUAGUUCAAUCACACUGCCUUUCCCAGCAGUUAUUCAUGACAUUACCUCCAAACUACAGAUAAUUCCAUUUUUUAUAUGCAUUUUCAUACAUUUUAACAUUGUGGUGAGUUUUUAAGCUGUGUAAUUGUCGUCCAGGACGUGCCUUUUUGUGUUUUUCUAAACAAAUGUAUGUUAAAAGGCCAUACUCUUUGAGUAACCCAUGAAUUACUUAACUAAAUCAGCACAGACUAAUUGUAUAAAAAGCGGUCAACGUUAUCUGCAGCCAACCCUUUACUGUAUGUCUACAUCAUGCUCCCCUGUAUUCUCUGUAGACCAGAUGAUCUUUUGCAUAUUAAUCAGUGUAAUAAAGUUCAACGUUUGCUAAUGGA